AUCAAAUCGAUUUUUAUUUUUAUUUUUAUUUUUAUUUGAGCUUUUUAAGCUAAAAGCUAUCCAAGACAAACAGCCUCCAAGAUGUUGUUCGCUUUGAAGAUCUCUACUACAUUCCUUCAAUCUUUGAGAGUUGGUAUGUUGAUGCAUGGACAAGUUAUACCUUCAAAAGCUCACCAAUGUCGAAUCACUGAAGCAUUCAAGACCUUCAGUUCCGAAGUAUAUUCUGAUCCAUCUCUCGUUUCUCACCUCCUCAAAUCAUGCAUACAACUGAACUCACUCUCACUUGUUCAACAACUCCAUUCGUUGAUAAUCACGUCCGGGUGUUCUUCAACCAGGUUCGUCACCAACCACCUCCUCAAUACUUACCUGAAGUUCGGUCAAUCACAGACUGCCCACUCAUUGUUCGACGUAAUGCCCAAGAAAAACAUCAUGUCGUAUAACAUAUUGAUUGGAGGGUUUGUGCAAAGUGGCGACUUGGAUACAGCACGCAAAGUGUUCGAUGAAAUGCCCGAAAGAAAUAUCGCGACAUGGAAUGCCUUGAUUGCAGGUUUCACCGAUUUUGAAUGUAAUGAGGAAGCUUUGAGACUUCUCUCGGAGAUGCACGUUUUGGGGUUUUAUCCCGAUGAAUUUACUCUUGGCAGUGUUCUUCGUGGAUGUGCUGGCUUAAAAAGCUUAACUUCUGGCCAACAGGUUCAUGCCUAUGCAGUUAAAACAGGAGCCCAAGUUAAUGUGAUUGUAGGGAGUUCACUUGCUCACAUGUAUAUCAAAUCUGGAAGUUUAUCAGAAGGAGAAAAGGUGAUAAAAUCCAUGCCCUUUCAUACUGUAGUUGCUUUUAACACACUUAUCACAGGAAGAGUUCAAAGUGGAUCUUCAGAAGAAGCUUUAAAUCAAUACUACAUAAUGAAAAUGUCAGGAUUUAAACCAGAUAAAAUCACAUUCGUAAGCAUACUAAGUUCAUGUUCCCAGUUAGCAACACUUGGUCAAGGUCAACAGAUUCACGCAGAGUCAAUAAAAUCCGGUGCCACGUCAUCAGUUUCUGUCCUUAGUUCCUUAGUUAGCAUGUAUUCAAGAUGUGGGUGUAUUCAAGAUUCUCUAAAAGCAUUUUCAGAAACAAAAAUCCCAGAUACUGUACUUUGGAGUUCAAUGAUUGCAGCUUAUGGGUUUCAUGGAAUGGGAAAAAAGGCGCUUGAUUUAUUUAAUUUAAUGGAAAAAGAAAAAUUAGAACCGAAUAAUGUCACGUUUUUGAGUUUACUCUAUGCUUGUAGUCAUUGUGGAUUGAAAGACAAAGGGAUUGAAAUUUUCCAUUUGAUGAAAGAAAAGUACAAAUUAGAGCCUCAAUUAGAACACUACACUUGUUUAGUUGAUCUCCUAGGGCGAUUUGGUCAUUUAGAAGAAGCGGAAAAUGUCAUUAGAACUAUGCCCAUGAAGGCGGAUUCGAUUAUAUGGAAAACCCUUUUGUCCGCGUGUAGAAUUUAUAAAAACGCUGACAUGGCAAAAAGAAUCGGUCAAGAAGUCAUUAAAGUCAACCCUAAUGACUCAGCAUCAUACAUCCUACUUUCCAACAUACAAGCAUCCGCUAAAAAAUGGGAAAACGUGUCGGAUUUUAGAAAGGAGAUGAGAGAUAGAGGGGUAAAAAAGGAACCCGGUGUAAGUUGGUUUGAGAUGAAAAACGAGGUUCAUCAAUUUUGUAUGAGUGAUAAAUCCCAUAAAGAUUCGAAAAAAAUCGAUCUUUAUUUGAAAAAACUUACUUUAAAGAUGAAGUUAUUAGGGUAUAAACCGGAUAUGGGGUCCGUUUUGCAUGAUAUGGAUCUUGAGGAAAAGGAAGAUGAUUUGGUUCAUCAUAGUGAGAAAUUGGCAAUUGCUUUUGCUUUAAUGAAUACACCGGAUUGUGUUCCGAUUAGGGUUAUGAAGAAUUUACGGGUGUGUAAUGAUUGUCAUGUUGCUAUUAAGUAUAUAUCGGCAAUUAAAAAAAGGGAGAUUAUUGUUCGUGAUGCUAGUAGGUUUCAUCAUUUUAAAGAAGGUGAAUGUUCUUGUGGAGAUUAUUGGUAAUUUAACAAGAGGUUAUUUUAUUGUUAUGUUUUGUGAUAUGAAGUUUUAAUGGACCUAAAGAAAUGAGGACAAUACUUAAUUCGGGGAGAUAUAGAGUAUUGUUUAUGUUUGACUUAAUAGUUAAUACAUACAAAAUGUCUUAAUAUGUUAAGUGGAAGAGAGGUGGCAUGAACCUCUUUCAGACACUAUUUUUUACCAUAUCGCCUUUUGCCUUGAAUCCUCCCCUUCUUUUAUCUUCUUCUAUG